GAGAUCGACAAGAUGACGGCCGAGGCGGACGAGAUCGACCGGAAGCGCAGGGAGGUGGCCGAGUUGGACAAGCGAGUGGCUAUCAUGGAGAGCCACACUUCGCUGGACGUCGCCCGGCCCAAGGCAGGAGCAAUAGCUUCGACGGCGGUGGUGAUUGCCGAAGAGACCGACGAGGAGGAGAAAUUCGACUGGGGACUGACCGGGAAGAUCUACCAGAACGAGCUCGACGCCUAUGAGGCCCUUCCUGCGUAUAAGGAGGUUGCUGGCAAACCACGCGUGGAUGUGAUUGAGCUUGGUGCCGGCGCGGGCCGGCUGGUGGACUUGUGCUACCACUACGGCUUGAGCGCGGUGCAACCCUUGGACACCAACGACCCGGAGCUUGCCGACGGCGACUUCGUGAUGAAGGUGAUUCCGCACUUCCAGCCGACGUGUGUGGUCGUUAGGUGUGUGCCGAGCAGAGCCAAGGCGGGCGACUUUUCCUUUGUGAUGGAGCUUGCACGCCUUCCCGACACCGAGCACGAGAACCCGAUCGACCUGCAGGACACACUGGUUUGCGAGGGCGAGCAGAAACCUGUGGAGGAGAUGUACUGCACCGAGCUCGACGGCAACCGCCAGGACUUCAACGAAGACGGCAUCCUCCACACGAUCCUUGAGGGCAUCGCUCAGGAGGCCUAUCGUUUGUUUCCGAGCCGGUUUGCUCUGAAAAAGUUUGAGGUGUUCUUCGCCAGACCGACCGCGGACCGCGAGGCAUGGAAGACUGUCCUCGAUGACCUCGAGGCCCGCUUCGGCAACACGCACAAGAAGCCGUUCUACUUGAAUGCCGGGGACCCUGUGUGCAAGGCCGUUUGUGAGCUGGUUCCCUGGGACAUAGCUAGAAUGCAAGCCGCCUGGACACCUCAAGCGCGCAGAAGACCUCGGCGCCGUGAGUUUUCCCAAACGGUCCGGGUCGCGAUCUUUUUCUAUGGCGUCCCGACGAAGACCGACGAGCCAGCCGAGGUUGCCGAAGAGCUGCCGGGACGCUUUGCCAGCCGAGUUCCGGUUCCCGGCAUGGACACGGAGAUCUGGUUUGAGGGCAAGGUCGAGCCGAAACUCCAGGCGAUGUUAGCAGCAGCUGGACAUUUGAGCGGCAAGGUUUUGAGUGGCUUGGAUGCGCUUAGGCUACUUCUUACCACACCGCCACUGUUGUUGACAACAAGAGCCCGGGACGAUUCUGAAGCACCUCCUCGAGAUGUGGUGAUCCAAUUUCACGUGCGCCACGGCAUCAUCCAUGACGUGAUCCCCGCCGAGGCUCACCACCGACUGGGCAAGAUAGAGAGGCGCAACGCGUUGCUGCGCUUCAUCGUGGAGCGCUUUGUGGAUGAGGGGGGAGUUUCUACCCAGGACGAGUUGAGCCAAUGCUUGGUGGCAGCGACCUUCACGAUGAACUCCUGCACCUACUCCCACGGACGGUCGCCUUACCAAGCAGUUUUCGGACGCAUUCCGCGUCCCCUCGGCGACCUGUUGAGCGACCCUCUGCAUGCACCAAGUGGACCUUCGGAGCUUGCAACCAGGCCAGCCGGUGGCUUUCUGGAGAUGGUCCGGGCACUCACGUCAGCACAAAAGGGCGCGUGGGCGCUGGCAAGGCUUGUGUCCGUGGACCCUGACGGGAAAUCGGCCUGGAUACAGAUCAACAACACCACGACCAAGGUCGCUGGAAACCAGGUGCGUACGGCAGUUGGUUGGGAGGAAUGGUGUCCUUCAGCCGAGGACAUCAAAAUCCUCAAAGAUGCGGAAGUGAACCUCAGGGACAACCUCUGGGACGACAAGCGCGAGGAGCCUCCCGGAGAUAGAGAAGAGGUGUCUCGGGAGCUGGCGGCCAUGGUGCCGGUUCCUCGACGGUUUCUCUACAUCCCCGACAAUACCAACUUCGACCCCGAGGACCUCACCGACGAAAGGUUCACCAUCACCGUGGGCGCCGCCGCGCCUUUUGUGGACAACUGGCGGCAGGAAGGUGAAGGUCAAGAAUGGGAGCAAGCCUGGACAGGAACUACAACCUUCAAGUGGAAGCUGCCAGCUGAUCGUGACGACCGAGUCGGAGGAACAGGAGGAGUCGGUCAAGGACACCAAGCAGAAGGGCUCGUGUCGCUAGUCAGUCUCCUGGUGCUCUCCCUGGUGCUGCUUCUCAACGUGACGCAGGCCCACGACAACCAUCACGAACCCGAGACCGAGACGGUCACACAGCAAGGCAAUGCCUUGGGGGGUGGCGAUGUUGAUGCCACCCAGCUUUCGUCGGCUAUGGCUGUUCCUUCGUCUUCUUCUUCUGCUUUAGCGGGGGGCAGCCAAAACACCGACCCACCUUCUUCACUACUACCUCAGAAGAGGACUGCCGACGCCCUGUACACGACCGGGGCCUACCGCUUCGACUUUGACGACUUCGGCGAGGGCGUCUUGCCCGAGAACUUCGAUGGUGACUACCUGCCGGUUCCCUUCCUGCGCGAGGGCUUUUACAACGCUUACCUCGCGAGCGACACCCGCACAGAGGAGAUGAAGAAAGCCGGCGUUGAUGAAGAUCGUUCUCGGCCAGACCAAGACACCGAUGACGAGAAGCUCACCGGGUCCAACGAGAGAAGCUUCUCCCGACAGGAGCUGAAGCAGCUCGACCGCGAGAUCCCAUGGGCCGAGCUGGUCAAGCUUCCGACACAGAGCUACGAGAAGUACCUCGACGCCGUCAGGGACGAGGAAGCUAACUGGCACCGGUGGGAAGGCAUUCGACCUCUUCACAAGGCCGAAGCUCAACGUGUUCUCGCUGACAGAAAGCUCUCCCGCCGCAUUUUGCGGAGCCGGGCAGCCUACCGAGACAAGAACAAGGGGCUCGGAGAGAUACGGGCUAAGUGCCGUGUGGUCCUGAUUGGCUGCCAGGAUCCAGACAUGUUCCAGCUCUCAAGAGAUAGCCCGACACCUUCACGUCUGAGCGAGGCUAUCAUCCUCGCCUUUGCCGCUGCUGGGGCAAAUGGCGAAGUCAACGGAGAAAGAGGGUUUUGGAAGCUCUGGAUCUCCGACGCCAAAUCGGCGUUUUUGCAACGCGAGCGGAACCACGAGGAGAGAGACGGGCCGCUCUUCAUGUACCCUCCGAAGGACCCCCUCAUGUUGGCCACAGGCGCGUUCAGCGCUGAACUCUACGAGGUCCUGGGAAACUGUUUUGGCCUACCGGACGCCCCCAGAGUGUGGAACAAGAAGGUGCGCAAGCGAGCCUUGGAACAUGGCUUCAAGCAGCACGCCUUUGACAAGUGCCUCUACUACUACAACGACGACCACGGGCGCUUAAGGGCUUUGCUGAUAGUUCACGUCGACGACUUUUUGUGCACGUACCACCAGGACUUCGACGAGGGCAUCCUCAAAAACAUGUUCAUCUGGGGCUCCGUUACCAUCGUCGAGGUCGGCAAGCCUGGGGUCUUUCGCGGAAAAGAGAUCACCAAGGUGGCCAGGAACCAGCGCUUUUUCUUCAAGGUGACCCAGGCCUCGUUUAUCGAGGGCAUGUCUUCCGGAACGCUUCCUCGAGGACUUCAGAAGUGUUUCUGGUCGCUGCAGUGGCUUGCUUCUCAGUCGAGGCCGGAGGUCUCACCGGUUGUUAGCCUCUCCAACAAGGGCUCCGAGACCACCUUCACCGACCUCCGGCGGCUUUACGAGACGGUCGACUACUUGAAGGCCACAAGCCAGGAUGGGCUGGUCUACCAGGACGUGCCCAUCAGCACCGCUUCCCUGCUAGUGACCUACACUGACUCGUCGUGGGCGAAUGCAGGCCUGAAAUCACAGUACGGAGUUUUUGUUCUACUUGCACCGCCCCAAGCUUCUGAAGUGCGUACCAGGGCAACCGUUCUGGACUGGAAGUCUGGGAGGAGCACACGGGUGUGCAGAAGCACACUGGCAGCCGAGGCUUCUGCUGCCGAUGAAGGCGCAGACCGCGCGGCCUUCACCAACAUGUGCAUGUCGGAGCUCCUGUACAACGAGGCGGCGUUUCAGGUCGGCUGCAAGCUCAACGCCAAGCACGCCGUCGAUGCGAAGAGCCUCUACGACUGCAUCGUGGCAGAGAACCCGAGCGUCACAGACAAGCGUUCUUUGGUGAACAUUCGUUCUGUCCAGCCAACGGUGAGUCCCAAGGACAUCCAUUGGGUGCCGACUGACCUCAUGCAUGCGGACGGCCUUACCAAACUGGAUAGCAACCUUUCUUUGAAGCUCGCAGCAUGGCUCCGC